GUCAGAUGUUCUGACAGCUGAUGGGUCCUGAUUCAGGGGGUCUGGGCCAAAGUCUGUGAAUCUGUCACCCUAUUGGAAAUCAAACAUCUUGAGAUCAUCUGGAUCUGCAAAUUGUUGCCAACACCAGAACAAGGCAGAUUGACACCGAAGAAGAACCAACACUGACAAUCAGGAUGUGCCUGUUAUUGACCACACCUCUCUUCAUUGCUGUGGUUGUAAUAAUUUUGUUACUCUGGAAGAACAUCAUCACUGUGACAGAUUUAAUCAAAGGAGGAAAGCAAGUUUCAGAUGUAGCAAUCACGGCUUUGGAUGAUCCAAAGAUAUCAGGAGCAUUAACAAUAACCGUCACUGUAGUAUUCAUUUUGACAAACUCACUGGAAACGACUCUGUUGGUUAUGGUUGAUAUCGCACUGUGGUUGCAUUGGCUCAAUAUCCUCCCACUGAGAGAGUUAAUUAGGGUAGCUGCAGAGUUUUAUCAGUCAGUCGUACCAGGAACAAAUCAGACCUGCACUGAUUCAAAGCCUGAAGCGAAACGAUUGGCUGAUGUUGUCAAAGAAAAAAGCACGUUACUGAUUUCACAAACCGGCCAUGCCGAGAUUUACAAACUUCCUCUAGAAGAGAAACAGAUUAACAUUAAAGGCUGCAAGAGUUUCACUUUUGGAGAGAAAUCCAUAAAUUGUAACAGAAACAUCAUGGUUCUUGGAGCUGCAGGUGCUGGAAAGUCCACUGUCAUCAAUGCGAUGAUAAACUACGUUCUAGGCGUUAGAUGGGAAGACUCGUUUCGGUUUAAGUUAGUGGAUGAAGGUAAGUCAGACUCACAGGUUCACAGUCAGACAUCAGGAAUCACAGUGUACAAACUUUACCACCAGGAGGGAUUCAGGGUGAACUACUCCCUCACCAUCACAGACACUCCAGGCUUUGGGGGAAUCGGCAGCGUAGACAGAGACAAGGAGAUCACAGAGCAGCUGCGAAACCUCUUUGCUAACCAAGAAGGUGUUGGUGAAAUUGAUACUGUGUGUUUCGUAGUUCAGGCAGGUCUAACUGAACUGACAGCAACACAAAGAUAUGUGUUUGAUUCAGCACUCUCAAUUUUUGGCAAAGAUGUGGCAGAAAACAUCAGGAUCCUGGUGACGUUUGCAGAUGAGCAGCAGCAACCAGUUAUAGAGGCCAUUAAAGUGUCCGGUGUCCCGUGUCCUAAAGGUGCAGACGGGCUGCCGGUUCACUUCAAAUUCAAUAACUCAGUGCUGUUUGCUAACAACAAAUCCCUAGUGGCAAGGAUUUGGGCCAAUGAAGAGAAAACCUUUGAGUAUUGGAACAUGGGAACACAGAACAUGGCUGGUUUCUUUGCUAGUUUAGCUAACAUCAAAACCAUAAGAUUGACAAUGACCAACGAGGUCCUGAAAGAAAGAAAGCACCUGGAAAGUACAGUGGAGGAGCUGCAGAAGCAGGUAAACUUGGCCUAGCCAAGCUAGAGGAUAUCAGGGAGACAAAUGACAAACUCAAAGAGCAUGAAGCAGAGAUCAGAAACAAUGAGAACUUUGAGUUUCAUGUUACUGUAAGAAAGAAUGAACAAGUUGAUAUUUCUCAUACUGGGAAGUUUGUCACCAACUGCAUGCAGUGCCAUGUUACCUGUCACUUCCCUUGUAACAUACAAAAAGAUGAGGAUAAAAAAGGAUGUGAUGCAAUGGGCCCAGAUGGAUACUGUACAAGGUGUCCAGGAAAAUGUUUCUGGAAUGUGCAUUGCAACCACAGCUUCAGGUGGGAAUAUCAGGAAAUUCAUGAGACGAGAACAGUGAAAGAGCUGAAAGAAAAAUACGAGAAAGCCUUUGGACAGAAGUUAACCUUAGAGGAGCUGAUGAGGAAUCUGAUGUCGGAGUAUCGAUCUAUGCAGGUUGAUGUGGUGAAACUGAUUGCAGAGGCUGCAAAGUGUCUGAACAGAAUGAAAGAGAUAGUCCUGAACCCAAAUCCCCUCACCACUCCAGAGUACAUUGACAUGCUCAUUAAAGGAGAGGAACAGGAGGCCAAGCCAGGCUGGAAGGAGAGAGUUCAGGCUCUGAUGAAGAUGAAGGGAAAGGCAGAGAUCAUAGCUAAAGUAGAGAAGGGAGAGGAAAUCCUGGCGAAACAGUAAUUCGCUGAUUCCUUCACAACAAAUCUAAACUCAGAACUGUGCAAAGGUGAAGCUAAAAUAGAUUUACUUCCACAAGUGGAAUAUAAUAUAUAGAUAUAUCAACUUUAUCAGACAUUAUUUUGUGUUUAUUUCUAACACAAAAUAUGCACAUGGGACUGGGGGGAGCUUAAAGAGAGAUGAGGUAAAGAUUUAUAGGGAAAGAAGCAGGUGACAUUCGAGGACAUGAUUGUUUUAAUCUGAAAUGAUAAAGAAAACAUACAAGUUUACCAAAAUCUGUAAAUUAUAGUUAGUUUGCUUGACUGACCUAUUUUGAAAAUAUGCCUUAAUGGCAUUUUUUUUACAUCAUGAAUAAAAAUGUAAAGUACCACCUAGAAUUUUGUCUAAUGUUGAAUCCAAUUGAUCCAACUUCUUUUAAAAGAAAAUUCUUUCAGUUACCUUAACUGUAGCAUCUAUAUGAGUUAGUCACCUCUAAGGUUCUGUUGAUCUGGAGUAUAUAUAUUUCAUUUUGGUUGGACAGUAAAUAAUUCUUUUUUUGUUUUACUUUAUUUACCGUACCUUCGUUUUCAAUUUAAUCAUAAUCAUUGUUAUUAUUUUUUGGUGUGGUUAAUUUUAUUGAAUUUCUAAUUAAUUUGAGGGAAAAUGUUAUUUUCUUUGUGAAUCACCUAAUUCUUAUAAGCAGUUGAAAAUAUGAAACUUUUUACUGUUUUUAGUUUCUUUGGGGGUUCAAUGUUUUUUUGCGUCACUUUUGUUUUUGUGUUCCAAUUUUAAUUUUAUCUGCUUGCACACACACACACUGCUGCACGCUUACUGUUGAGAAUAUAUAAUUGUGUUUUUUCUCUGUCUUAUAGCUAUUUGCGUGCAUGUCUAUACAUACAUGCAUUCACAUGUCUAUACAUACAUGCAUUCACAUGUAUAUACAUACAUGCAUUCACAUGUAUAUACAUACAUGCAUUCACAUGUUGGGGAACGCUUUCAAAGCUAAGGGUGAAGGAAAUGACAUACUAGGGAACAAACUCUUAAACCUU